CUCGCCAUCGCCCGUCUCACUGCCGCCCCCUGCGCAGCCCUCACGACGACGAGCUGCUCGGCGACCUCGUCCCCAACGUAACGUUUCCUUAUAACCGUCAUGCCUCCUCCUCAUUACGACUUCCUCAUAAAGCUUCUGCUCAUCGGCGACUCGGGUGUGGGCAAGUCCUGCCUCCUUCUCCGAUUCUGCGACGACGCAUGGACGCCGUCAUUCAUCACGACUAUCGGCAUCGACUUCAAGAUUAGGACCAUCGAGCUGGAUGGCAAGCGGAUCAAGCUACAGAUUUGGGAUACGGCAGGACAGGAACGUUUCAGGACGAUCACAACAGCGUACUACCGCGGAGCUAUGGGCAUCCUUCUUGUCUACGAUGUCACCGACGAGCGCUCCUUCAACAACAUCCGGACGUGGCAUGCAAACAUCGAGCAGCACGCCUCGGAGGGCGUGAACAAGAUUCUCAUUGGCAACAAGUCGGACUGGACGGACAAGAAGGCGGUGACCGAGGAACAGGGCCGCGAGCUCGCCAACGAACUCGGCAUCAAGUUCAUGGAGACGUCUGCGAAGGUCAACGAGGGCGUGGAGGAAGCCUUCUUUACCCUUGCUCGAGACAUCAAGACUAGACUCAUCGACUCUCAAACCGAUGCUGCUACUGCUUCUACCACCCAGAACCCCGAUGCCGUCCGUAUCGGCCAGGGAGCGAACGCAACCGCCGGCAACGGUUGCUGCUCGUAAUUGGCAUCCAUCCCUGUGUUCGUCCACCCCAGUAUCCUCGUUGGGCCACUUCCUGCGCUCGAGGAUAUCGUCAAGCUGUUCGUCGUGUCAUCUGCAUCUGUUUUCUGUUCAUCUACAUAGGUCCUAUAUUGUAAUGCAUCUGCACGACCGGCGUAUACACUUUACCAGCGCGACGCCCACACAAGGAUGCAAGCCUGGGCGUAGGCACCUCGAUUGCGUAUACAUGACGAGCCUACGACGAUGAUGACUACCCAGAACUCUCGAAUGCAACUCCCUUCAGAAAUGUACGUGACUGCCGCCUCUUCCGCCGGGGUAUCGACGCCCAUCGCUGUGUUGCGGGAAUUUGGCGGCCAGGUGCGAAACACUUAUUCGCCCAUUGUU